GUAGCCGGUUAACCAAUGAAUUAAAAAUUAAUUGGGUUUGGCCAUUUGGACAUGCAAAAUCAGCCCCAUUAGAAACAGAGCUUUGGUAUCUUAAACAAGACUUAAGAUGGUGUCAAAGAUGGGAA